AUGAGCACAAGCAUUAACGACAUACCCGUUGAUUUCAAAUCGACGCUGCCCCCACGCAAAAGAGCGAAGACUAAAGAGGAGAAAGAACAGAGACGUAUUGAACGCAUACUGAGAAAUAGAAGAGCCGCACACCAAAGCAGGGAAAAAAAGAGACUGCACCUGCAGCACCUUGAAAAAAAGGCUUGGUUGUUGGAACAAAUCCUUGCGCAAGUCAAAGUGGAAGAACUCGUCAAGAAUGACAUGAAUCUUCGAAUCAUGUAUGACGAGUAUCAAACACUAGCGACGGAACCUGCGGCGGCUGAUUCACCUUCCGGAGAUCUUCUCCAUGAUCACAUGCUGGAUUCCCAAAAGACGCCGGAGUCCCUGGAUGCAUCUUCACACGUAAACUGCACCCCCGUGUCGCAGUCCGCGUUGAUGUCGUCGCCUUCUCCGGCGCUUGAGUCACCUUUGAGCCAACCUCAAGUCAAACGCGAGAGUGUCUCUGACGAGCCUUUCGAGGUGAGUUUGGCUCAACCAAACAUGGAGUUCAAUUUCGAUAAUAGCGUACCUGACGUCAAUAACUGGAAUCUUCUCCUCACAAACGAUACUGAAAACCUAACGAGCUCGACCAACGAAGACGAGCCACCCGUUUUUGACAUGACUGAUAAUUCCUGGGCCCUUGACCCUACGCGCGAUCCAGCCGUGAUUCGCCGCCUUCUUAGAGCAUGA